AUGGCCAUGUCCAACAGAAGCUUCGUAUAUGUUGGGAUAUCCGAGUCCUCAAAAAGUGAGUUAGAAAGUGUUUUUGCUUCUUCUCCUCUUCCUUCGUCUCCUCCGCCUUCUUCGCCUCCUCCUCCUUAUGAUUUUUCAACGGCUACAAGCACAACUAGUGUGCCCGUCCCUUCAUAUUCGUCCAGUACUCUCUCUGGGGCCUCGAAUAGAUUCCCGAGACCAGUCGAUCUAUCCGGACUUGAUCAACAGUUCACCAAAUUGGACGAAAUACUGAGUCGUAUGACUUCUACCAAAUCGGUUACCACCUCUCCCCCAAUCAACAACGAGAAACGAGCAACCAACCUUCAUACCCUCGCAAAAGAUACUCAAGGACCCUCGUCAUUCCUCAAAAAACUUCCCUUGGAAGUACGUAGAAUGGUCUAUGGCUACCUUCUCGUUAAUCCACUGCUCUCCCAAAUAGAGGCAAUUGAGUCUCGCUUCGAAUCCAGAGCCAAUCAUCAAUACGAACUCUGUCCAGCCGUAUUGAGGACGUGUAGACAGGUGUACCAAGAGGCAUCAGAUGUUCUCUACGAAAAGAAUACUUUCAUCGUCUCUUGCAUUGGGCAUGAAUUCGGAUUCAGUGGUGACGGAACGAGAGGGCUGGGUAGCGCUCGGUUGCUCGAAUGUCCUUUGACACGUUAUGAUAGUGAUACCAACAUGAACUUGGCCCAGUUUGCGAAACAGCCUCAAUUCGGAAAAGUAAAGCAUUGGAAGGUCAUGGUCAGUUGCUUCGCAGGAUAUGAGUACGCUCAAACGACGGAGUUGCUCGAAUUCUGUCGAUUGCUGUUCUUCACCCAGCCAAAGUCGGUCACAGUUCUUUCUGUCGGCAAGGAGUUCACUCGCGAAUGGAGAGGAUUCCACGAAUAUGAGGGCCCUUUUGUAGGAGAUAAAAUAUUCCCAGCUUCCACAGUUUUUGCACCAUUGAAUAUCCUCCGAAAUCUUCGAGAGCUGAAAUUCGAAGCAAGUGGAACAGAGGAGGUCGCUUAUGAUAUUCAGUUGGAUGCCAAAAUCGUUGCUGAAUCAGGAAGCCCAAGUCCACUCUCAAUGUACGCAUCAGUUCUUGGCUAUGCCCAAAGUUUCGAACGUUCGCAAAUCUUCCGUGGCGAUAUGGGCAAGGUUCGCUGGUGCUGUCGAGAACAUAUGGCUAUUAUGCCAUCUCCCAACAAGUUCCUCCGCCAAACGAGGCACGACCGAAAGUUCAUCAAUCCGUUCAAGACAUCGGUCACACAUCCUGUCGAGAAUUCGCUCGAACUGGCCAAGUUCGCUUGCGAUGAAAAUGACCUUGAUGACUUCAAAGUGCAACGCAGAGUCAUCCUCGAAUAUCUGGAGCCACAGUAUCAGCGAAUCGCCGACUUCAUGGAUCAACUACGAGCUUUUGUGAACAAGCAGAAAGGAGUAGUUAACGGGCGGCCCGGCAUCCUAAGUCCAGAUGCAGUGUUCCGGAAUGACGAGGUUGCCGACGUUGGCGAGCAAAUGGAGGACCUGCUUGAAGGUACCUUACUUCUGGAAGAUUGCGCCAGAGCUUUUGUUCGAGAUCUUUCUCCUGAGGUGCGACGAAUUGUUCGCUUGUACCAAGAACGGUUUGACAGCCAGUACGACACUCACAGUCGAGACAGAGUUGUGCAGGGGAGUCUGAACAAGGCUUUCCUGAGCGCGGACUGGCAGGAUUGGUUUUAUGAUUUCAAGCGUGCGGCAAAGAACAUGAUGGAGCAGUACCUGAGGAUUCGGGAUGCUAGGAAGAAGUUGUUUGAGAGUGAUGUUGGCUCACCAGAGCAGGAUCGUGGCUGCAAUAUCAGUCUGGAGACUUGGCGAUGUGAUAAGAUCUUGGAUUGGGAGCCCAGGAUUGGGGAAGUUCCGGGAAGCUCGAGUGAGAAUGCGUAUAUCAUUGUCAACUCAGAUGAUGAGUGA